GAAUAGAAAGCUGGCCAUGGAUUUUCGCCUGGCCAAGUCUACCUCAAUUCGUUCAUUUUUACUGCAUUGCGCAGGAUCCUAUCCUAUUACGGCAGAGAGCAGUGCUAGGGCACUCGCCUCCUGCACUCUCCAGCCAACACUUCCACUUUCAUUGGGCCACGCUCGUCUACUUCAUCUGUCAACUUUCCGGUACACCCUGUUGAAGGUAGCAGACCGGAGACACCUAAAUCUUUCCUCUCAGGAAAAAGGUGUUUAUAAAUGCAAAAGAAAAUUCGUUGCUCAUUCCGCAAGGAGGACAUGUUGGAUUAGAGUGGAGAAAAAAAGAGAGAUAAAGGUUGGGCUCUCCAACGAGGGAGACAAAUGCAAAAAGUUGGUGAUCGGAAUUGUGCUUCGUUUUGUAGUUAAAGUGCCUUUUUCCGGCAGCGUAUAUCCUUGUUGUUCGAUUCCACUGAUUAUGAAAAUGCUUACUCUGUUACAGGAGCCUUUUUUUCCCUCUUAGGAUUUUUUCAAUCUGUUAUUUUAUAAAUAUUUAGUUCCCAGCAUUUUUUUUUUAUUGCUCUAGCUUUUCAGUUGAAUUUGAUGAUAUCUGAAUUUGAUAUUUGAAAAAAAAAAAAGAAGAAGAAGAAGAAGAAGAAGUAUUGUGCAGGAUCAAGAAAUAUGCUCAUAUUCUUCUCAUGAUGUUACUUUUUCUGGGAUCUUUCUUUCUUUCAUUAAAUUCUUGGAGUACAGUUUAGUAGCAUGCUCUAAUACUGCACAUUUGCAAGCCUCUCACACGCAUGUUGUGCAUACCUUUUCAAUGACAGUAACUAGUUAAUUUUUUCCAUCAUUGAGCUAACGUCUGGAAAUUGGUUAACAUUUAUGGUUUUGCUAUUCAGGUAAACAGCUUUAUUCUUGCAACUUGAAAUUGCUUCUUCCAUUCUUUGAUUCUCCAUCAAUUGGAUUGCAAACAAUUGAAAAGGGGCUUUUACUUCCGAAAUUUAUGCUGAGGAUUGUAUUUUUGAAGAUCCAACUAUUAGAUUUCAAGGUUAACUUGAGGUUGCUUCUUCCUUUCUUUGAUUCUCCAUCAAUUGCAUUACAAACAAUUAAAACGGUAGUCUUUCU